UCCAGACGGGACCGCUCUCCGCCGCAGAUUCGUUGAUCCGGAAGCGUGCGGUGUUGUUUUGUUUCCGGUUGCCCGGUGGGACAAAGAGCUCCGCCGUCAUGUCGACCACCGCACAGAAGGCGCGUGAGCCCCCGGCGCUGCGGGUCUCGGUGUCGGAGCUGCGGGUCUCGGAGCUGCGGGUCCCGGAGCUGCGGGUCUCGGUGUCGGAGCUGCUGGCUCUGGCCGGUGACGACAUCUCCGCGGUGCUGGAGAAGCGCACGAGCGGCCGGUCCAAGGUGCACCUCGUGCGGCUGUUCGUCACGGAGCGGCUCGCGGCGGCGGCGGAGCGGAUCGUCGGGCUGUUCGAGCGCGAGGCGGCGGGCUACCGGCGGGAGCUGGAGCGGCAGCGCCGCCUGCUGGACGCCCUGCUGAACCCGCGGGUGCAGCUGCGCCGGACAGAUGCCAUCCAAUCAGCUGCUUGCGGGACGAGCUGCUCUGAUGGAAAACAAAGUCUGCAAUCGCACGCUGACCCUGCCCACCCCACCAGAGAGCCAACCAAUGACAGCUUCUCCUCCGCCGGCUCUGCAGCUGAGAGCGACGACGACGACGGCGACGAAAACUGGAAGGGGAGCGAACACCUCAAAGGCUCGCCCCUCAGCAAAGAAGCUGCAGAGUCGAACGGGACGGAGGACGGCCGGGGCUCUGCAGGCGCCGCCACCAGGAAGCGGCGCAAGUCGUCAGAGCUGCCAGCCUUUCACCACUGCAGCCUGUGUGGAAAGGCUUUCUGCCACAAGAGUAACCUGGUGAAGCAUGCAGGAACCCACACAGAUAACCCAGACUGUCUCUGCGGGGUUUGUGGAGAACGUUUUGAGUCUGCAGAGGUUUUGAGCGAUCAUCUGAAAUCUCAUAGGGAAACCUUUGCUACUAGCGGAACAUGUGAGAUCUGCGGGAAAAGUUUUCAGAAUAUGGAAACGCACAUGAGAAGUCACACGGGCGUUAAACCCUACAGCUGCAGCGUCUGUGCUAAAAGUUUCCCCAGACCGGGUGCCUUAAGGAGACACAAGAAAAUCCACACUAGGGUGAAGCCACACGUUUGCCAGUUUUGCGGGGAAACGUUCACGGAAAACGACCUGUUCCAGGUGCACCUGAAGACUCACGAAGAGGAAGGCGAAGGUGAGGAUGAGGAUGCGAGUGAUGACGAAGAUUGGAAGGAGAGCGAGGACGCUCAGUCAGAGGCGACGACACUGAAAUCAAAAAGAGAGAAAAGGCAAAGCUCUGGCUUGAAAUCAGCCCAGCCGAACUCUCACAGCUGCAAAGUGUGCGGAGAUUCUUUCCACAGCCGAGGCUUCUUGAGGAAGCACGCCGAGACUCACUCCAGGGAGUCAAACUGCAUUUGCGGCGUCUGUGGGGAACAGUUGGAGUCGGCGGAGAGCCUGAUAACUCACCUCCAGUCUCACAGGGAGACCGGGGGAACAUGUGGCAUCUGCGGCAAAAGUUUCCAGAACAUGGAGACGCACAUGAGAAGCCACACGGGAGUGAAACCGUACAGCUGCGGCAUCUGUGCCAAGCGCUUCCCUCGACCCGGAGCGCUGAGGAGACACAAGAAGAUCCACACAGGAGAGCGGCCGUACGUCUGCCAAUACUGUGGGAAGGCCUUCAUCGAAAGCAGCGCCUUGAAAACGCACAUCAAGAGUCACUCGUGGGAGAUUCAAGGCGGCGAGGGUGAAGUUGGCCAGGAUGAGGACGGCAGACCUCCGAUCGAUUCGCAGACAUUGUCAAGAUCAGAGGCAGAGAAAGGUCCUGUCGCCGGAGAAAAUGCCAAGAGAUCAGCUCAGCCCGCGUCUCACUGCUGUAAAGUCUGUGGAGAAUCUUUUCAGAGCAAGGGCAGUCUGAGGAAGCACGCCGAAACCCAUUCCUCAGGCCCGGAGUCCCUCUGCGGCGUGUGUGGAGAACAUUUGCAACCUUCAGAAACAAUGAUAGACCAUCUCCAGUCUCACAGGGAAACCGGCAAAAUUUGUCACGUCUGCGGGAAAACGUACCAGAACAUAGAGACUCACAUGAGAAGCCACACAGGAGUCAAACCCUACAACUGCGGCGUCUGUGGCAAGCGCUUCCCGCGGCCGGGCGCCCUGAGGAGACACAAGAAGAUCCACACAGGGGAAAGGCCGUACAUCUGCGAGUUCUGCGGCAAGACCUUCAUUGACAACGGUGCUCUGACGACGCACAUCAGGAACCACACAGGUGACAAACCGGCCAACCGUGUCUCCUGUGAGACCUGCGGCAAAAGUUUGGCAUCCAUCCACGUCCUGGAGGUUCACAAGAGGAUCCACACGGGCGAGAAACCCUUCCAGUGCCGGGUGUGCGGCAAAGCCUUCAGGCAGGUCGGCGGGCUGAAUGCCCACAUGAUGACCCACACGGGGGAGAAACCGUUCAGCUGUGGCCUCUGCAGCAAGAGCUUCAGCACCAAGGGAUACCUGGAGACCCACGUCCGGUUCCACAAGAAAGACAAACCGUACAGCUGCCACCUCUGCUGGAAGGCCUUUGUCACAAAAAAUGACCUGAAAAAGCACCUGCUGACUCACACAGGCGAGAAGCCGUACAGCUGCAGGAUCUGUGGGAAAAGCUACCAGGAGAAAAGGUCCAGGGACGUUCACAUGAAGGUGCACCUCGGCGUCCGGCUGGGGAAGGAGCCGAUGAGGAGGCACGACAGUUUACAUCAAGACUUCAUCCAGCUGUAGAGUUUAUGGUUCCCAGAGACCAAGACAGAGCGAUGAAACGUCUUUGAAUGCUGGUAACAUUCAGCUGUGACCUCCUGGUCACCUCUCAAGGCUGCUGCUUGUAUGAACAUGAGUUUGUUUCCUUCCAUAAUUGUAUUGAGAGCCAGUCAGUAGGGAUGCACCGACUGUGACAUUCUGGUCUGAUGUCGAUGUUUAAAGGGCACCGUUUUGGGAAAAAUUGCCUUUUCCUGAUGUCCCCAGACUGAGUCCAGAUAUUGGACACCAUUUCCACCUCUGGACGUCCAGUAGUUCAGUUCCUAUGAGUAGCAUUUCCUGUUAGCUUAGCAUAAAGACUUGAAGUCUACGGGGGUCGUUAGCCUGGCUCUGUCAAAGUGAAAAAAUAAAGCUGGUAUCAUGUGGAUCUGAAAUACACAUCUUCACAGUUUUCAGAGUUGUAAAGUUUGUACAUCCACACACACACACACACACACACACACACACACACACACACACACACAGAGGGAAGUAAACUGAGAAGACCAGAGGCUCUAUUUGACCUGAUGUAUCACUCCGCCGGGCGUUUUACCCGUUCUCAUCUGCACCGUCAGCUCCAGCUGUUUAGAGCUGUGUGUGUAUGAAAUCUAAAAACGGGAAGAGGGCGAGGCGGCUUCCAGCGCGCUGCCAUCGUUUUCUUUGCUGCGGUAAAGAUGACGCGCUGUGUGUGUUUCCAACGCUGAUGUUCAUCCACUGAAUCGGUGCAUCCCUACGGAUCAGAGCCGCAGCCGCUCCGUCAGGUCCGUUACAAACUCAACGCAAGACAUGCAAACGCAGAGGACGCCGCCGGGGUGUUCCUCACGUUCUGCAACAGAACAUUCUGCUGAAAAUUUGUAACGCAGCUUUGAUUAUAAUCUUCUGCAAUGAUGUGUGUUUUGCGCACGACAGCCAAUUAAAAAAAGUCCUGGUAAAGAGCAAGUACCAGCAAAGAAGAAGAAGAAGAGGGAGGUGUAACUUCUUUUAGCUUGUAUGGAAACUGGAGAUUGAAGACAAUCCGGCAGAAUUAGGUUUUUUUUUUUUUUUUUUUCUGUGACAGAGCUUCAUGUAAAGCACAUUCCUUGCGUUUGCACGUCUUGCGUAGACGAUGUGUCGGCCUGUAAAAAGCGAUGCUUGGUUCAAACGGGACAACGAAAAGCAUUUAAAAUGAAUUCACACGUUAUGUUUGGUGAUUUAUGUAACCAGAGAUGAAAACGUGACAACAGAUUGGAUUUCAAGUGUUGAGGGUCUGCAGAUCAUGCAGGAUGUUUUGGUUCUCAGAUUUCUGUCUACAGGUGAAAAUAAGACGCUGGGUGUUUUGGUCACAUGUCGCUCCAUGUUUUUACAGUUUUCUGCCUGUUCUUCUUUUUUAAUGUUAUUUCUGUCAGAUCAGCGCUCUCAGGUCUGAAUGUCAGUUGCUCUGUAUUCUUUUAUUGUUUCCUAACAGUUUUCACUGCAGUAAAACUAAAGACUUCAGCUUCUGAUUGUUUUGUGAUGAUGAACAGAAAUCAAACAAACAAACAAACAAAAAAACAAACUGUUUAAUACCUGAGAGGAAAGAGACACCAGCAGCAUCUCAAAGUAAACUGUUAAAUAUCUUAACACUCUCCCUUGGAAGAGAGUUGUUUCUUAUAAAACUGUAAAAUUAAUCAGAUUUGAAAAAAAAAAAAAAAAAAAAAAGACA